GUCACUCGCGCGCGCCGCCUCACACGCUCAACCUGCACCGGUGCCCGCGCCACACCUCACCGUCACACCUCCACUGUCGGCGUCGCCAUGUCGUCCUCUGCCCUGCCGCUGCUCUUGCUGCUCCACAUACUGACGGUCGCCGUCUCGCCGUCCGGACACUUGCACAGAAAGGACUCUCAUCGGAGCAAGGAGCGGCUGCAGCAGCUGUCGCUGCGCUUGCACCGGUCGGCGUCGGCCGUGGAGCUGGCGUCGGUGCUGGCUGCGCACGACCCGGCCGCCUUCUGCGACAAGGACAUGCUGCGCUGGUUCCGCAGGCAAGCGCACGCCGCCAGGUCGCCGGAAGCCACGGCUUCCUUCGAGGAUCUUAAGCAAAAGUGCAGACGCUUCAAAGUCAGACGCCACCCCAGAAGGCUGUUAGGUCCGAAGAGAGGCGCAUCUUCUAAAGUGUCGCCGGAACAGCUGGUGUCGCUGCACCGGCGCCUGACGGGCCUGCGCUGCCAGCCGCGGCGCGCCAUGGUGACGCUGAACGUGACGCAGCACGACGCCAUCACGUUCCCCAGCUGCGUGGCGGUCAGGCGCUGCGCCGGCUGCGACUGCCCGGGAGACGGCGAGCACUGCGCGCCCACCAAGACCGCCACCGUCAAGCGCAAGGUGCUGUCUGUAACCAGCCGGUUGCUAGCCAACGGGACAUUGAAGGAGAGCGUUCACGUCAAGGUUAUCCCGGUGGAGAGCCACCUAGAGUGCGGUUGUGUCUGCAAGGUGCAGCCAGAGGACUGCAGCCCGUGGCAGUGGUACGACGAGAACUCGUGCAGCUGCCAGUGCCGGCACCCCGCGGCGCAGGCGCACUGCAGGGGGGUGCGGCGCUGGAACCACUGGCGCUGCCUCUGCGAGUGCCGCUCGCCCCCUUUCUGCAGCACCGGUUUCCACGUCGACCCCCUCUCCUGCAGGUGCGUGCCAGAUCCUGACAACAACGUGGUCUGACGAAAAAGACAACUUACAACAGCAGCGAUUCUCUCGACCGACGUCAAAGGCCUGGAUAUUGUACAACGGCUGCAGCGUACUCACUCUGACAAUAAACUAAAACUUCGGAGGAUACAGAGGAAGCUCUCUGUGGCUAAAGUAAAUGCAAGAUUAAACCGACGUGGUAUUCUGAUAACUCGAGAGCCUGACAACAAUACUUUCUCCUCGACGGAUAAUGUUUGAACUUAUCACAGUGGUCCAUAGCUGAGAAAGACGGCGAAAAGGAAGCUUAUAUUAUACGUCUGCACAAAUCGCUGGUUUGAUAUUGCCAUUUUUUCUAUGUGUAGAAACAAUCUUGGAACGUGGUUUAAAAAUUUUAUCACUGACUUUCCUUGAAAUGAACACCAUCCAUCAACUGUACAAUAUUUUUGUAAUACAUUCAUAUAAUAUA